CAGAAGGAGAGAGAGCACCCACCCUGGUCGCUUCGUCUUUCCGUAUCUAACCCUCCUUCACUCGGCACCUCAGACAAGGCAUUUCAACGCUCCAACGGCCGUCUAGCUGCUGGGUGGAGCUGUAUUUUAAACGCUAAUUUAGUGCAAGAAACCCCGCAUUUUUCCGGAGUUGAGAAAGUAAAAGAGCAAAAGAUAGAGGAGAGACAUGGCCACGACAACCUGUACGCGAUUCACUGACGAAUGUCAACUGUACGAGGAGCUGGGGAAGGGAGCCUUUUCAGUGGUGCGCAGGUGUGUUAAGCUGUGUACAGGACAGGAGUAUGCCGCCAAAAUAAUCAACACCAAAAAGUUAUCCGCAAGAGAUCACCAAAAGUUGGAAAGAGAAGCUCGGAUUUGUCGCCUGUUGAAACACUCCAACAUUGUUCGUCUUCAUGACAGUAUAUCAGAGGAGGGCUUCCACUACCUCCUGUUUGACUUGGUGACCGGAGGUGAACUGUUUGAGGACAUCGUAGCCAGAGAGUAUUACAGCGAGGCUGACGCCAGUCAUUGCAUCCAGCAGAUCUUGGAGGCAGUGCUUCACUGCCAUCAAAUGGGCGUGGUGCACCGGGACCUGAAGCCAGAGAACCUGCUCCUAGCCAGCAAAUGUAAGAAUGCCGCAGUUAAGCUGGCCGACUUUGGCCUGGCCAUUGAGGUGCAGGGGGAGCAGCAGGCCUGGUUUGGAUUUGCUGGCACACCGGGGUAUCUGUCCCCUGAGGUUUUGAGGAAGGAGGCAUAUGGCAAACCUGUGGACAUCUGGGCCUGCGGGGUGAUCCUCUACAUCCUGCUGGUGGGUUACCCUCCUUUCUGGGACGAGGACCAGCACAAGCUGUACCAGCAGAUCAAGGCGGGGGCUUACGAUUUCCCUUCCCCGGAGUGGGACACAGUUACACCUGAGGCCAAAAACUUGAUCAACCAGAUGCUGACCAUCAACCCAGCCAAGAGGAUCACUGCUCAGGAGGCCCUGAAGCACCCGUGGGUCUGCCAACGGUCCACAGUGGCGUCGAUGAUGCACAGACAGGAGACCGUGGAGUGCCUGAAGAAAUUCAACGCCAGGAGGAAACUCAAGGGGGCCAUUCUUACUACCAUGCUGGUUUCUCGAAAUUUCUCUGUGGGCAGCAGGCAGACCACCACUCCAGCCUCGGUCACCGUGGCAGCAGCAGCAGUGGCUGCAGCUGCCGGCACCGCCGCAGGCCUGAUGGAACAAGCAGCUAAGACCUUGCUCAACAAAAAGGUAGAAGUCAAGAAACGCAAGUCCAGCUCUACUGUCCAGUACAUGCCCCAGACAAACAGCACCAAAAACAGCAUAGUCACCAGCCCCAAAGGAAACACCCAUUCACCUGCUCUGGAACCUCAGACAACCGUCAUCCAUAAUCCAGUGGAUGGGAUGAAGGGAUCAUCAGACAGCAGCAACACCACUGUGGAGGAUGAAGAUGUGAAAGGAAAGAGCUUAGACAACAGCUCGCUUAAGGCGCAAUCCAGCACGAGCUCCCAGCCCGAUAGCUCUCAGGGCUCCUCAGCUGCUGUGUUCUCUACCACAAAGUUUGCUGACCUGCUGGGCUCAGUGCGUAGGGGCUCAGGGCCCACAUCCGACGGGGAAGGGACAUCCUGCACUCCACCUCCCGCUGCCCUCUCCGCCCCCUCCCCUCCACACACCCCCAUGCAGAUGUCUCGGCUCACUGACCUGGUAAGCAGCGUUCGCAGGGCGGCGCCGGCGGCCCCUGUGCUCGAUUCUGACGCUGCACCCGCGCCGGUGCCUAGCGCCAGGCCCACCCCUCUAAACGCACACACCACCUCCCCACAUCCCCCCCACUCCCCCUCCAGCCCUCCCCUGUCUUCUUCCCAGAUACGCAAACAGGAAAUUAUCAAGAUCACCGAGCAGCUGAUUGAAGCAAUCAACAAUGGAGACUUUGAGGCAUAUGCUAAGAUCUGUGACCCUGGACUCACUUCGUUUGAGCCGGAGGCGCUGGGCAACCUGGUAGAGGGCAUGGAUUUCCAUAGAUUCUACUUUGAAAACCUUUUGGCAAAGAACAGCAAGCCCAUCCACACCACCAUCCUCAACCCCCACGUCCACAUGAUCGGCGAGGACGCGGCCUGCAUCGCUUACAUCCGCCUGACUCAGUUUGUGGACAACCAGGGUUGGCCGCGGUCCAGCCAGUCAGAGGAAACUCGCGUCUGGCAUCGCAGAGACAGCAAGUGGCAGAACAUCCACUUCCACUGCUCGGGCGCCCCGGCUGCGCCACUUCAGUGAGGGUGGAAUGCCAUAUCUUUGUCUGUCAGGAGUGAUCAGCAGGAGGACGAGGAGGGGACGAAAGAACAAGUCCAGUGUCGGUUUGGGGAAAGGCCCCUCAUCAACAAACCCCCCUUCACUGGACGCCUAGCCUCAACCCCCAGCAUGCAUCUCUUCUUCUUUUUAUUCUACUACUACUCUCCCCUUUGCUUGUCACCUGUCCUACAACAUCUUCUGACAACUAUCAAACGACAACUCGACAUCCCUCACCACACUGGGUGUUGGGGGGGGGGGGGGGUUUCCUUCUUCCUUAUAUCAACCCUCUUGUCCUCCUGUGAAUCUACACUUGUGUGACAUAAAAACUGCACUGGAAAUACGUUAUGUAAAGUUUUAAGUAAAAUCUAUUAUUAUCAUUACUAUAUUAUUAUUAUUAUUAUUAUUAUUAUCAUCACACAGUUGCAAUUGUAUAUGUAAUUUGUAUAAUUCAACAUUUCUGAUGCCAGUGGUUUUUAGAGUCGAAGGGUUUUUAGUUUUUUCUCUUAUCUUUUUAAGGAAGCAUGUUUUUUCCCCUAUAUUAACAGUGGCUGUUUUUUAUUGUGGCUAUUAAGUGGAAAAUGAUAUUGGCAGUUUUUGGUCAUUUGCUUCUUGUAUGUUAGCUAUGAUUAUGCGCCCAAACACAUGCACAUGUUUUUGAUUGUUUUGGGGAGUUCUUUUUUUUGGAAGGGGUGGGUCCGAUGUGUGAAUGUUGAGAAUGAGUCUUUAUGAAAGUGUGAAUGUGCAAAAGGAGAGCCCAUACAUAGUGCGAGAUGUAAUGACAGUUUGAGGAAUCUGGUGUUUCCCUCGCUGCAAUGUCAACCACCGUAGAAUGGGUUAUCUAAGCUCAGUGUCUUCCUGUCUCAAAGAAAUUCAAACAUACAAAAACGCACGCAAUAGGAGUUUUACCCUGAUCUCUCCAUCUAUUAAAACGCUGUCAUGGUGGAAAGCCCUGCGCUCUCGCACCCUGAAUGGGGAGGUCUCAAAAAAUAAUAAAUUUUUUCUGUAAGCAAGAAUGUUCCCUUUGUGGUUUUGUACUGCUGCUAUCAUGAGAAAAACAUCAGUUUGUCAUUACAAUUUUCUUAAUAUUACAAGAUGUUAAAUCUAUGAAAGAACAUACAGACUUAAUUAUAUAUGACAACUUCCACAUGUUCUGUGAGAAAAGCAUCCAGAUAAUAAAGCAGAUGUCAUGGGAACCAAAAAUUAUUAAUUUAAAAAAAAUCAUUACAUUUAAUUACAUUUUUGGGAUGAGAUAUUUUUAACUAGAUUCAGACGUUCUUUUACAUAUUUUUGGGGGCUCAUGAUAACAAGUGUAAUAUAUCAUACUGACUUCAAAGUUAGUUAUUGUAAACGCAUGAAACUGAGCACUAUUUUUGCUACAGUUGGAGUAAAACUGACAUGUUUUAUUGUGCUGCCCUUUCUCACACAAUAAUAAUCCAGACAAAAUCUACAUUUUUUUUGAUGUAUGAUUGAGACUUUGCUAGGCAACCGCUGAAUAUCCGCUUGAAGCAUAAAGUGUUUUUCUUAAAAGUCACGAUAAUUUGUUAUGCUCAAAUCUCUGUGCUUUUCUGAAAACACCUCUUUUAACAAUCAAAAUAACUAAAGUGGUCUAAAGGAGGAUUGACCUUUCUCACUUCCAGUAACUUUCAACACUUACACAUCAAUAAUGAAGACUCAAAAGUGUGUGUUUAAAGCCUCUACAAGUGUGAGGAGUUUCAUGCCAUAGCAUUAGGUGUGUGUGUGUGUGUGUGUGUGUGUGUGUGUGUGUGUGUGUUUUCUUUACAAGUCUAUAGAUUAUAUAUUUGAGGUUUGUGUUGUGUGAGGAUGGAAAGAGAAGGCGUUAUUUCGGAGGACAUAUCAGUCCCCUGCCUUCAGAUGUGGACUUUUUAUCUUGUGAAUUUUAUGUUUUUUUUCAUGUAUUGUGUUUUUAUCAGCUUUUUAUGAUAUGAAGUGCUUGUGCCAGCGGUGGCAGGAUUUAUCCGAUUGAGUUUGCAGCACUGAAAACCGUUUUUGUUGGGUUUCUUUCUUGCGAUCAGCUCCUCUGUACUUCGCUUGUCCACCAUUGGCUGCCUUCACGUUUGUCUCGCUCCUAUUGGUCAGACCAAGAUAUAAAAGAGACCGGGCAGUCGCUUUGGUGAAUAGUCCUCAGGUUUCUAUUUAUUUUGAAUAUUUAUUUAUUUAUUUUAAGUGGAUAUUUGUAUUGUUUUUUUUUUCCUAUUUUACAGCUCAUGCAUUCGUGCAAGUACUGUCUGUUGUUGUUUAAAGGGAAACUACUCCAUGUAAAACACACUGUUUUGAAAGGGAUAGUACACCCAAUUUGCGUCCUGCAUGUGUUUUGUUUUUUUGUAACGACCAACAUGGUGUGAUUUAUUAUUAUUUUCCUGCUUUUUUUCCUCUACAACCUUUGUUUGAAGUUGUCUUUAACAUUAUUUCUGCUGUUUUAUGGUGUCCACCGUUCUCUUCCACUUAGGUCAUUACCAUCUAUCUCUUUAAAUCUCAUAUAAUACAGGAUUGUAUUUUGUCCCAUCAUCGCUCCUUAUUUAGGGGAUGAAGCUUUUAUCAAAGGAAGGAUGUUUUUUUUAUCAAGGUCAACCGAUAAGUAGUUAUGAAAUCGUGUCUCAUAAAGUAACAGUGUUAAGUUGACCCUGUACUGAAAGUAAAAGUUCAAAGGUUACCCGCAGGUGUUCAAUGUGUGAUCGUGCUGACCAGACUCCCCCACCCCCUUCCAAAAAAAGGAGAUAGCAGCAUGUACAGUACACAGGUGUUGUUAUUUUUUUCUUCAUAGUGUGUUUACUACCCUUGAUGAUCACCAUAAUAGUUUCACAAAUGAGGUAGUAGACGGUAAUAAACACUGCAGCUAGCUAGCUAGUUAGCAUCGUAGCUGGCAUUUUUUUUGCAUGACAGUCAACAGGACACUUGCUGUUUUGUUUUAUAUUUGGUUUCUCAUUUUCUCCUGAAUGCUGGUAUACUCAACCUUUCUCUGUCUAUUUUCUCAGCUUUUUAAGUGCAUAUAACUAUUUUUGUCUCAAAAUGAUAUCAUGAAGUUGAUCAGGAUGUUAAUGAUUGUGGCACCAUGAGGAUGUUGACCGUGAAGAUGAGCAUGUUAUGAAAAUGAGUUUGCAUGCUUUCCUAUGGGGCUCUGUGUUGUCAGUGCAGAAGGGCUGCCUUUUGACGUAUCUGAGAACCACAAAGGGGUUUAUCUCUGUAGAACAAGGAGAAGCUCACAAUUUAAUGAUUGAUCAGGGCUGCACAAUUAUGUCCUAAACACCCGUUCUGAUUACAUCAUGAUGUUGAUACAUGAUCAUUUUCCCUUGUAUCGCAUUGUAUCAAAAGACUUUUCAUCACAGACAUUUUUUACAUUUUUAACUAAAUAAAUGUAAAAACUUUGAUAAAUCAUGAUGUUGUAGGAAUGAUUAAAGCUAAUAUGAAAAAAAGUGAUAUACACAUAUAAACUACAAUCACUACUCUCUGCUGCCUUCCUGUCAGCUGUUUGUUUCACGUGAAGCGUUACUGAGAUAAACUGGAGCCUCUGUUUCUCUCUGAACCUCGGCCAUCUUCUUUCUCCAGACAGUGAACAAGUGGCACAGACAACACGGAGCCGGCACCUCUUCGUCGGGGGUCUUUCCCUCUUUCUCCCAUUCCCUCUGUUUCCAUCCUAACUCGAUCAUUUCUCUGCAGUUGGCUCUUUCUGCUUUCCCAUUGUCUCUUUUUGCCACUUUCUUCUGUACAAUAAUAUGAACCCUCUAGUUCCCUGACUCUUCCGAUUAUUGCUCUGUCCUCUUACACGUGUUUCUAUAACUUCAAGACAAUGUGUUAAGGUGUUAUCAAUAAAAUGAUCAUUUAAAUAGAAAA